GACUACAAAAAUAUACGCUGGGUAUCAUCAGCCCGUUUUUUUUUUUUAUUAUUUAUUUUUUUUUAACCUCCCUUGCAGAUGCACGCAGCUCAGCGCUCCUCGCCGUUCUCAGCUCAGUCUUGAGUGGCGCGGCUGUACAGCAGCAGAAUAUUUGGCUGUAAACAGAGACACAGUACUGUUGUCUCGAUGCGAAACGCAGGCUUUUAGGACACGGUGAGUGAUUCGAGGGGGAUUUUAUUGCAGAGAGGCUCGUCUCAUCAGUGCAAGCUGUGAUGCUGCUGCUGACAGACUGAGAGAGUUCAACUCACUACAGCACCACCAAUGAACAGUGAGAGAGACCUGCGCAUAUCGUCAGCAGCCGCUUCUCCAGCCUCAAGCUAAAAUUCGUCAGAUCUGAGAUCACAGAGGAUUUUUCUCAUUCAGUCCGGGCUAGAAAAGAUAUUCUCAAAAGUUUGAGGUUAUAGCCAGCGGACACCGAAUAUACCCCGACUCGUCGGCUCAGUGAAAGGUCCUCAUAUUGCAACUAUGUGUGGACGGAGCAGGACGGCCUUUUUGUGUCUGUGGGCUUGCUUGCUUGUCGCCAACAGCGUACUGGGAGGGAAAAGCCCUGGGCAGAACGGCAUGACAGAUGAACAGAAAGAUAACACUACAGUGUUCACCAAGAUCUUAGACAGCCUUCUGGAUGGCUAUGACAACCGCCUCAGGCCAGGACUGGGAGAGCGUGUAACUGAAGUCAAGACUGACAUUUUCGUGACUAGUAUUGGGCCAGUUUCGGACCAUGACAUGGAGUACACCAUUGACGUUUUCUUCAGACAGAGCUGGAAGGACGAAAGGUUAAAGUUUAAAGGCCCCAUGGCUGUGCUACGUCUCAACAAUCUGAUGGCCAGCAAGAUCUGGACGCCCGAUACCUUCUUCCACAAUGGCAAAAAGUCAGUGGCCCACAACAUGACCAUGCCCAACAAACUGCUGCGAAUUACAGAGGAAGGCACUCUGCUAUACACCAUGAGGCUUACAGUAAGAGCAGAAUGUCCCAUGCACCUGGAAGACUUCCCUAUGGAUGCCCAUGCUUGUCCACUGAAGUUUGGCAGCUAUGCCUACACCCGAGCAGAGGUGGUUUAUGUGUGGACUAGAGGGGCUGCCCAGUCUGUGGUGGUGGCAGAGGAUGGAUCCAGAUUAAACCAGUAUGAUCUGAUGGGGCAGAGUGUGGAUUCUGGUGUGGUGCAAUCCAGCACAGGAGAGUAUGUUGUGAUGACAACCCACUUCCACCUGAAGAGGAAAAUUGGUUACUUUGUGAUCCAGACGUAUCUGCCCUGCAUCAUGACAGUCAUCCUGUCCCAAGUGUCUUUCUGGCUGAACAGAGAAUCUGUCCCUGCCAGGACUGUCUUUGGAGUAACCACUGUCCUGACCAUGACCACACUCAGUAUCAGUGCCAGGAACUCUCUCCCUAAAGUGGCCUAUGCCACAGCUAUGGACUGGUUCAUUGCUGUCUGCUAUGCCUUUGUCUUCUCGGCCCUCAUUGAGUUUGCCACAGUCAACUACUUCACCAAGAGGGGCUACGCCUGGGAUGGAAAAAGCGUGGUGCCAGAGAAGCAAAAGAAGAAGAAGGAGUCUCUCCUCAAGAAGAACAACACUACAGCCUACCCAGCUGCCACUGCUACAGCCUUCGCCCCCAAUAUUGCCAGGGACCCUGGAUUGGCCACUAUUGCCAAAAGCGCCCCACCACCUCCAACUGAGCCCAAGGAGGAGCCAAAGCCCAAGCCUCCAGAGGCCAAGAAGACCUUUAACAGUGUGAGCAAGAUAGACAGGAUUGCCAGAAUAGCCUUCCCUCUGCUCUUUGGAACCUUUAACUUGGUCUACUGGGCAACCUACUUGAAUAAAAAGCCCAAAUUGCAGGGGGUAACUCCACACUAAUCCAUGUUUCAUUCCUUUUAAAUUACAACUGUAUUUUUUUUUUCAUUUUCUUUCUUAUUUCUCCUAAAAAAACAAAACAAAACAAAGUGUUUAUUUUCAGACAAACAUGGUGUCCAUGCUGGUUUCAAUUCCCAGUUGUUGCAUUGCUUAUAUGUUUACCUAAAGUUUGAAAAACAAAAUAGAGAAAAACAAGAAUGAUAACAAAACAGACUUUCGAAGGGGGGUUGUUCAGGUCUUGGAUGAUGCUACUAAGAAAAUGCUACUAUAAAUAUAUAGCCAAGAGAUUGCUAUUCUACAACUGCACAUAGCCCAAAAUUGUUAAGGGGCUUUCAUUUCAUGUUUUUUUUGGUUAUGUUUUGUUUUUUUUACGUUUUAUUUAAACAUGGAAUCACAGACACUGUAAAAGGCACUUGUGUAUAUGCAUGGGCAGGGCAUCUUAUUAUUUAUGUUUAUUUCUUCAAAAUAGAGAUCAGCAUUGACUGAUGGCUUUGUUUAUUUGAUAUCAGCAACUAAAUGCUACGCUCAGUCUCUGUCAAAAUAUCUUCAAUUCUCUGUAGAUGUUUCAUGAGGUUAAUUGUGUCAUUCUUCAAAAUAGGGUUUCUGCAAUAGCAAUAAAACAUGUCUCAGUGGACACACCAUUUAUUUAGGUAUUAAAAAAUACAAAAAUCCAAUCAUCUCUGUGCUCAGCAUUGAAAAUAUUAAUUUCCUUUCACAGCGUUGUAAAUAUUACCAAGUGUUAGAGAUGUCAAUAUUAUGUUUAAGCUUUGCAAAGUGUUACUAAAGGGUAUGUUUAUUGAAUACAUGGAAAAGUACACUUUUUUUAUUUCAUUCAUUUUUGUUUCUGUUUAUUAUGAUACUUUAUACAAAAAAAAAAAAGAGUACAUACUGGUCUAAUUCACGCUUAAGUGACUGUUUCUCGCCCAGUUAGCAUUCCAUUCUAAGCUGCUUUCACACUGAAGUAAAAUAUUAUUCAGCUGUGUGUUUGUGUACACACUGAUUGCAACAACAUCAACAACAACAUCAACAAUAGUGUAAACUGACAUUGGCUAAUUAUGAGUAAGAAUGUAAAAAAAAAAAAAAUAAUAAUAAAAUCUCGAAUCCUGGAGUGCAUUUUAACAUUUAGAUUUAAGAAACUCAUUAUUUCCAUAAUUUAGUGAACAGUUUGUGUUAUUUAUGGUGGGUCAUUGUUGGCCAAAAUGCCAUCCAUAGCAAAGUACAGUUAGCAUUGCUUAAAGAGGGACAGGGCACAUUGAGAAGGAGGAGAAGUGCCUUUUCCAGUUUCAGAAUUGAAGCUGCGAUGGCUACUACUUUGCUGAUUCAUGGCGCGUCUGCAUUUUCCAUCCCACUGUGUCCCCUGACCCUGUUUGCCAUAGUCCCCAUCUACUUUCAGUUGAAAAUUGAGACGUAACACUCAGAAAGUACCAGCUACACUGCCUUCAGUAUCACAUGCCCGUUUGGACUCAUUUGUUGCUUCUUGUUGGUGAGCAACAGCGAGAGACAGGGACAGAGACAGAAAGAGACAAAAGAGAGAAAGGAGACAUUGAGUUGAAGUGGCACUGUAAUCUUGCUUUAGUCGGCGCUGUGUUUCGCACAGAGGACUUGUCUUGUAGUUCUACGAUAGUGACGAAGAUGAAUAUAUUUUUGUAGCAUGAUGUCAAUCCCUCUUCCGAGAAAAACCAACAGAAACUGACACAAAUGUGAAAAGAAUGCAUUUGUUUUUGUCUUGAACAUUGCUUGCUCUCUUAACUUUCUUUUAAUCUGUAGAAAACACACACUUCUUCUCUGAUGUGGCACGUUGAGGUUUCUGAACAGUCCAUUUUAAAUUAUGUUAAUGUAGCAAUAUUAAUUAGCAAGGGCUUUUCUUAGGAACUGAACCUGACACUCAGUCUGGGGGUAAUAUCCAUUGUAGCUUUACAUUGACCCCUCUCUACUUGUAGUUUCAUCUGUAUACUGCAUAUGGGCAUCUAGGAUCUAUUUAGAUUUGGUCUAAGAUAACAGGCGUUGGGUUUUGAAGCCUUUGGCCACCAUACUAAUCUUGUUUCACAAAAUCUCCUCUUUUCUUGCCAGAGAGUGGGGGUGUAUUGUAUUGCAUUAUGGGUUCUGGGUGUGCUCUUUUUAAUAAUGUUUCACAGGGCACUGAACAGGCUAAAAGGCACGUAAGAACCCGGCAGAGUUCUUGUGUGUUUGUGCGCUGGGGAGAAGAGAUCAUGCUAUCGCCGGAAGGAAACUAAAUAGAGAUAGGUGGUUGUUGCUAUUUUUAUUGUUUGCGUUAUCAUUAUGACCAAUACUGAAACUAUUCUCUAAUGGCAGACGUCUUUGCAAGCAAUUGCAAACAGUCUACUGUUAACAGCCACUUAACCUACAAACAGAGGGUCAAGGAACUGCAAAGUUCAGGGUGAAGAGUUGUAUAAAAAGAUAUUUGAAUUCUAAACUAUUGUAUGUAUGUUUAUUAUGAAGAAAAUAUAUAUAUACAUAUGUAAAAUACCUAAUGCAUACAGUAUUUGAUUCUAUUGAUAAAGAUAUUAGCUACAACUGUAAGAUGAUGAUGAAUAUUGUUUGUAUUCUCAACUUAUUGUUAUGCAUUUUGCACAUUUAGAAGAACAAUAACAUUACAUUUAUGUAGUCAGCUUCGUGCUAUGCAAGGACAGCUUUGAACCACAUCAUCGACCUUCUCUCCCUGACCAAUGUGUUUUAGAUUUACAAGCUAUUAUAAAAAAAAAAAAAAAGAAAUAUAAAAGCUCAGCUUUUAUAUCAGCAUCUGUACCAUUAGCUUUUUUUUUUCCUUUCAGCCAUGGCUAUACAGGGUGACAUCAAAGAAAACAGCAGAUUAUCACUUUUGUUUGCGCUUUAGAUUUGUCGGUGGUUGAAGGGAAAAUGGCUUUCAUUGUUGAUUGCACUUUUUCCUCAAGAGAAAUGCAAUAAAGUGAUUGAACUGGAAAAUAAAACAACAGGAGCAAAACUGUAACAAGAUCACCUUGUUAAUAACAUUUCUGUUCAUUGCUUGAGCUUGUUUGUCAUCACAAAAAUGGAGGCAGGUGAAAAUGUUAUUUUGCUAAAUGGAUCAUUUUGUUUAUCUUUUUUGCUUUCCAAAGCUCAGUGAUAUUACAGGGAGAGCCAGAGAGUUCUGACUUUGAGUAAAAAUGAAUUUUGCAUACUUUUCUGUUGGGAAUAUCUUUGCUAAGCCCCUAUAUUGUACUCCAAACAGGAUUUAAAAAAAUGCUAUAGACCAUUUACAAAUAUUUUUGAGCCAGGUCUGGUUUUGCUACAUUUACUGCUCCAGAGAGAGAAUGUGAAAUAUGAGGCACAGUGCAAUCAUGAGCUUCCAACUCUUACCUUCACACUCAUAUGCAGAGCAUACAUGUAAAUAUCACAUUUGUAGGCACAUCAGUCAUUUAUUUCAUUACAUUUUGAUGCAAGGUCUGUUGCAGUUCUCAGAAGCACUUGCUUUUCAACAUUGAGUCUUUGGUUAUUCCUAGAUACCUACUGGAGUUUUUUCUUGUAUUUUUAUCAAGCAAAAUAUGUUCUGAUUUUCACUGAAAUGUAAAAUAAUAAAAAAAACUAAUUUUCUAAAGCACAAAAGUUGAUUAGGGUAAGAGAAAUGAGACUGUAUACAUCCGGAUAUCUGCAAACACAUGCUUUCAAAAUGCACACAAACACACACACGGUACACAGGAAUGUGUUGGUACUUCAGUGAUACUGACAAAGGGUUCUGAUGGAUGUAGAUGAAAUGGUGAACCUUCUGUAAAUGUUUUCUUUUGUUUCUUUUGGUUAUGAUAUGGCCCUGUAGAAUCUGAUUCUCUGCAUUAGUCUUUAAAUAAAAAGAAAACAAAUGAAUGCCGUGGCUGCACGUCUGUCCUUGUGCUGUGGUUAUCAGACAGAAAAUAAGACACAUAGAUCUCUUUCCAAGCAUGAAAUAUGAGUUUUUGUGCACUGUUUACAUCACAAGGAGUAAAAGUAGAAAUCUAUAUCAAUAUGGCAUAUUAAAGAUU